CUAUCCUCAUGGUUUUUAAAUCCUGGAUCUGUGAAACUCUGGAAACACUCCAUAGAGAUAUGCAAGAGGUAAAACUGUUUCAUCCUCUGGAGAAGCUCACGGAAGCCAUGAUGUUUCCUCUGGUCAUGAUCGAAUUACACUUUGGAACCUGUUGUUAAAGUACUAUGCCAUGUCUCUAGCAAUCAGAAAAAGAAGCUGGGAGGAGCACGUGACUCAAUGGAUGGCUUUGCCUUUUGGGUCUAUAGAUUCUAAUAUCUUAUGCAGACAUGGCCUAGUAGCUGACAACCUGCAGGCAAGCAUGGAAAAUGAUGGACUUCAGAGCGAAGGCUGGAAAGAAAAAAGUGCUUCCUUACCUGAUUUCUGCCAUGGUGGAGAGUUGAUAGGUUUCCCCUCAAAAUUGCUUGGGAGUGUUUCCAAAGAAGUGGAUGAAAAUGACAAUCAUCAAGAGGAGGAAGAAUUUCUUUCUCUGGAAGACAGCAUGGAAACUUUAGUCAAUGUUUCCACUGGAGAUGAUGAUAUUGAUGGCAAUGACAUGGAGCUUUCUUUGGAGAUAGUUGAUCAGGUUGAAGAGGAACCGUCAGCUAAAGGAAAUACUGUAGAAGGAGGAGCUGGAGGAAUCUUCUAUCCAAGCAUGGAAGCAAUGGCAGAAUUGAAGCCCGCUUGUGGACCAACUGGGAAAAUAGAUGAAUCUAAUAAGGAGGCAGAUUCCAAAGGACUGAAGGUAGAGGAGAAUAUGUGUGAUGGCAGAGAAAAAAAUCUGGGACUUAAUUACAGCAGUUCUAGUGAAAAGAAAGAUACCUCCAGAGAAAAACUACAGGAGAUUCCAAACAUGGGAAAAAAUAUGUCUGAGGAGACAACAGUCCAUGAUGUUGUAGCAGCCUGUCAGCAUGAACACGAUGCUCCUAAACACAGGGUGGAGAAAACUGCCUGCCGUUCAUUACUUGAUGAACCCUCUCCUGCUCAGUGUAGUGACAAUGCUAUAGGUACUGUAGCCUCCAGUGACUGUCUGGUGCCAUCCCUUGGUUCUGGCAUUGCAUUACACAAAAAUAGCCUGGAUGAAAAUAAUUCUGGAGAUUCUCAAAAGGAAUGUAUCCCAAGCGUGCUUUUGGUGGAAGGUGUGGCUGAAUUAAGGACAGACAGGAUCAAACAGCAGCCUACAGAGGGUCAAGUCAUUCUGCGCAAAAGAAAGGAAACAAGAGAAGAUCGAAAUCAGUCACGACUGGACUCCAUGGUGCUGCUCAUUCUGAAACUGGACCAGCUUGAUCAGGAUAUUGAGAAUGCUCUCACUUUAGGGAGCUUGCCAUCAUCCAGCCCACUGACACACACCCGGAGACCCAUACCUGAUUUGGAAUCAUAUCCUGAAAGUGGAGCAGAUACCUCUACACUGAGCCAUCAGCAAACAAACAUACCACCGCCACCUCCUCCUCCUCCCUGUGGUGCUGACCAAGCAUUUCCUAUACCAAUGGCUGGAUCUGGAGCAAAACCAAAAAGUGGGGCUAUACCAGUUAUUACUGAAAAGGAGAAGGCUGAGAUUGAGGCCAAGGAAGCAUGUGAUUGGCUGCGGGCAGCUGGAUUUCCACAGUAUGCACAGCUUUAUGAAGAUCUUAUAUUUCCCAUUGACAUUGCAUCAGUGAAGAGAGAGCAUGACUUCUUGGACAGAGAUGCUAUUGAAGCCUUGUGUAGGCGUUUAAAUACUCUCAACAAAUGUGCAGUGAUGAAGCUGGAAAUCAGUCCACACAGGAAAUGGAGUGAAGAUUCAGAUGAGGAUGAGCCUUGUGCAAUAAGUGGCAAGUGGACAUUCCAGAGGGACAGCAAGAGAUGGUCCAGGCUUGAGGAGUUCCAUGCUUUUCCUCCAAAACAAGAUGUGAACUCCUCACCUCCCGAAGUGUCUUGUCUUAGCUCUGCAGCCAGUCAUGAAAGCAUGCUGACAGAUCACAGUGAUCACCCGGAAAUAGUUUCCGUCCACAGCAGCAGCAGCAGCAGCAGUCAUCCAGUUGCCUCCCAGAGUGAAGCAGCCACCACGAGGACCAAUUCUGUCAUUAGUGUGGGCUCAUCCAGCAACCUUGUGACAAAUGAGGACUCGUUCAGCAGUUUGCCCUCACCUAAAGAACUGUCAAACUUCAGUUUUGGUGGGAAAGCUAAUGAGAAGAAUGCCAAGUCCAAAACAAGAAGCCUAUUAAAGAGGAUGGAAAGCCUAAAAUUAAAAGGCUCUCAUCAUGGUAAAAACAAAACCCCUUCCAAGCUUGGCCUCAUAAUCAGUGGUCCCGUCUUGCAAGAAGGAGUGGAUAAAGAGAAAUUAAAGCAACUUAACUGUGUGGAGAUCUCCACCUUGAAUGGCAAUCACAUCAAUGUCCCAAUGGUACGCAAAAGAAGCAUCUCUAAUUCCACCCAGACCAGCAGUAGCAGCAGCCAAUCAGAGACAAGCAGUGCCGUCAGCACCCCAAGCCCUAUUACACGGAUGCGCAGCCUCAGUGCCUACAGUAAAAGAGUAGGGAUGUACUUGGAAGGCUUUGAUCCUUUCAACCAAUCAACAUUCAGUGAUGUCAUGGAGCAGAACUUUAAAAAUCGGGAGAGCUUUGCAGAAGACACGGUCUUCUUCAUUCCAGAAGACCACAAGCCUGGAACUUUUCCCAAAGCUCUCUCCAAUGGUAAUUUUGUUCCAUCAGAGAACAGUACUUCUGUGAACUGGAGAACAGGGAGUUUCCAUGGGCGUAGCCAUCUCACUCUCAAGAGGGAGAACAGUUCUGACAGCUCCAAGGAACUGAGCAUUGGGAAGAGACGCAAUUCCUCCAGCUCUGUAUGCAGCCGGCUCAGCAUUUACGACAAUGUGCCAGGCUCUAUCCUCUAUUCCAGCACAGGUGAUCUGGCUGACCUGGAGAAUGAAGACCUCUUCCCUGAGCUUGAUGACAUUCUGUACCAUGUCAAAGGCAUGCAGAAAAUUGUGAACCAAUGGUCAGAGAAAUUUUCGGACGAAGGGGACUCUGACUCUGCCCUAGACUCUGUUUCUCCAUGCCCUUCAUCUCCCAAGCAGAUCCUCCUUGAUGUGGACAAUGAUAGGACAACAGCUAGUGAUCUGGACAGUACAGGAAAUUCACUGAAUGAUACAGAAGAGCCCACAGGGAUCCAGGAGAGAAGAGACUCUGGAGUUGGUGCUUCAUUGACACGCUCCAACAGGCACAGAAUGAGGUGGCACAGCUUUCAGAGCUCCCAUCGGCCCAGCAUCAGCUCAGCAUCCUUGCAGAUUGACUGUCAGUCUGUAGCACAGAUGAAUCUGCUGCAGAAGUAUUCACUCUUGAAGUUAACUGCACUCCUGGAGAAAUACACCCCUUCCAAUAAACAUGGCUUCAGCUGGGCUGUACCAAAGUUUAUGAAAAGGAUAAAAGUCCCAGAUUAUAAAGACCGAAAUGUGUUUGGCGUUCCCCUAACAGUUAAUGUCCAACGUACAGGACAACCUCUCCCUCAGAGCAUUCAACAAGCUAUGAGAUACCUUCGCAACCACUGCCUGGAUCAAGUUGGUCUUUUCCGAAAAUCUGGUGUAAAAUCAAGAAUCCAGGCAUUACGACAGAUGAACGAGAGCUCCACAGGCAAAGUCAACUAUGAAGGGCAGUCUGCUUAUGAUGUGGCCGACAUGCUGAAGCAAUAUUUUCGCUAUCUGCCAGAACCACUCAUGACCAACAAACUUUCAGAGACUUUCUUACAGAUCUACCAGUAUGUGCCAAAGGACCAGCGUCUCCAGGCGAUCAAGGCUGCCAUUAUGCUUCUCCCGGAUGAGAACAGAGAAGUCCUACAGAUUCUCCUAUAUUUUCUGAGUGACGUCACGGCUGCUGUGAAGGAAAACCAGAUGACGCCAACCAACCUAGCUGUGUGCUUAGCGCCUUCUCUUUUCCACCUAAACACCCUCAAGAGGGAAAAUUCUUCUCCAAGGGUAAUGCAGAGGAAACAGAGUCUUGGAAAACCUGAUCAGAAAGAUUUAAAUGAGAAUUUGGCUGCAACACAAGGCCUGGGCCACAUGAUCGCUGAGUGUAAGAAGCUGUUUCAGAUCCCUGAAGAAAUGAGUAGGUGUCGGAAUUCUUAUACAGAGCAAGACCUUCGGCCUCUGAGCCUGGAGGAGCUGGGACGGACUCGUAAAUCAGAGCCUGCGGACUACCGUUCUUACAUCCAGGAUUGCAUGGAUGACUUGCUGAAGGAGAUCAAGGAUAAAUUUAAAGGCUGGGUCAGCUGUUCCACCUCAGAGCAAGCUGAGCUGGCUUGCAAGAAGGUUUGUGAUGGCCCACCUCUCCGGUUGUGGAAAUCCACUAUUGAAAUUCCUGCAACCCCUGAAGAAGUGCUAAACCGCAUACUGAAAGAACAGAAUCUUUGGGAUGAAGAUCUUUUAGAUGCAAAAGUCAUUGAGACUUUGGACAGCCAGACUGAUGUGUACCAAUAUGUGCAAAACAGUGUGGCACCUCACCCAGCUAGAGACUAUGUUAUCCUAAGGACAUGGAGGACAAAUUUAUCCAAGGGAGCUUGUGCAGUUUUAAGCUCUUCGGUCGACCAUGAACGUGCUCCAGUCCUUGGUGUUCGAGUGAAUGUGCUGAUGUCCCGAUAUCUCAUUGAGCCCUGUGGAUCAGGAAAAUCCAAACUCACCUAUAUAUGCAGAAUUGAUUUAAGAGGACACAAGCCUGACUGGUACACGAAGGCUUUUGGACACUUAUGCGCAGCUGAAGUUGUUAAGAUCAGAGACUCUUUCAUUAACCAGAAUCUUGCGGUUAAAGAAGCAAAAUCAAGGUGACAACAGUGGACACUGAUAUUUUCAGGAAUGGUUGAAAGCCAGUGGAAUGGGUUGCAGUGUGGCUAUUAAGUUUCAUUCUGAAGAAGUGGUGCCUGGAAUGGGUUUGAGAUGCUCACUCAAGAGUCUGUGGCCAUACCAUUCCUUUUAAAGCUGCUUCCUGUCAGCCUUAGGCCUAUAAUGUAGGCCUUGACUGGAAUAUAUUGGAUGGUGCAACAUUUGGGGGGGGAGGGGAAAAGUAAUAUUAUAUACUAUAUAUUGCUUAGAUGGCGUGAAUUGCUUCUGAGAAGCAAAACUUUGAGACUUAAAUAUAUUGCUGGAAUACAGUGAAAAUAAUUAAUUCCUAUAUGUUAGUUUUAUGUAUGGAUUUGUAUGCCAUUUGUCGAUGGGCUGCUUGAUCCACUGGAUUCACUGGCAACUUUUCAAUGGGUUCUUGCUAAAGUAAGUGAAAGAAGGUUUGCACAGAGGCAGAGGCACGAAUUGUUGAACAGAGAGUCAUAGAAACCAUAUCAUUGGAGUGUCUGGUACACUUAAAAGCAAGGGGAGAGAUAUUAAAGGUUGAAGGAGGGGUUGUCGUACAAUUGUUUGUCUGUCCAAUAGACCACCGCAAGCUUCAUUUUUAACUUCUGUAUUCCUUGUGUUGUUGAAAGAAAAGAGAAAGAGAGAGGAAUGGAGGCUACCUCAGGCAUGUCAAGGAGAGGGAAAAGCAAAACACCUGAAGCUGAUGCCAGUUAAUCACUUUAUUGAAGUGAUUUCUUAAAAUGUCCAAUGCAUUCCAAGCUACAUUUCUGCCAUGGGUUUAUUUCUGUAUGUAUUAAGAUUGAAACUUCCCAGCUUUUCUCACAUUAGUAGAGGGACCUGAAUUUGCUGAAGAAUUUAUUCUAAAGCCAGACACUGCCCCCACUGGGAGCUUCAAGACUAGUGCUUUCAGGUGAAUUUUCACAAUAUGCACUUGGUUUUUUUUAACGUUGGUUCCCUAUCAGUUGAUUUGGCAGGUCCUUUUGAAAGAUUUUCCUCUAAUUUUGAAAGACUUUUCUCUAAUUUGUCCUUUGACUUAUGUGCAUUUAAAAUUAGAGAAUCAGUAUAGGUGCAAAUAUAAGGGACGUGGUGGCACUGCAGGUUAAACCGCUGAAGCCUCUAUGCUGCAAGGUCAGAAGACCUGCA